AUGUUCCUAUUAAUCCUGUUCCUACUUCCAUACAUUGAAGCUCACAAAAAUGGGUCCCUAUGUAAUGGGUUCCAGGCUAAUUUUAACUUUAAAGACGUAAUUGGCUCGUGGCAUGUCGUAGCUGUAAUACCAGAGAAAAUGUUUCCUGAUAAAGAAGUCGCUUGUUUCAAAGUUGAGUUCAGUGAGACUGAUGAGGCCGGACUACGUUGGCUAGCCAACAAAACAUCAGAGACGCCCCACCAAUUAAACGUAUCAGACAUCAAAGGCCCUAUAAUUCGGCAGCGUUACCACACGGAAUGCCCCUUCGAUGUAUGGUCAAGGUCUGUGGACGGAGUCGGCGGCUGCUUCCAUCAGGCUCUGGUUUUGGAUACUGAUGACUGUGACACGUACAAGGCGGUAGCUGACAAUGCAAUGAUGCAAUUGCACUUGGUAAGUGCUGGAGAUGGUUCUGGAAAAUUCCUUGUGCAGAUGCUAUGGGGGAAGAUGAUAGCCGCUGUUGUGUACCGACGCAACCAGGGUAUAACCGAAGACCAGCUCAAGCCAGUAUUUGAGCUGAUGUCCAAACUCCGGGGCCCACAAAGGAUGCCCAAGAUCUGCGAUGUUCAGCUGAAGAACUUGCACAUUCUUCACUACCACUGA